GCGUCCAAAAACAAAGACCGUCCCACGGUACCGCCCUGGAUGUGGGGCGGUACCCUUGAUGUUGUCAUUGCUUUCGUGGCAUUUCUGCAGGGAAUGCCCUUGGACCCAUACUAUUUACCAUAAACGUGCAUUGCUUGGGCCAGGUGAUUGGAGGCUCCGCCCCUCGUUUGGAUCCUCUUUCGCGAUGUCCGUUGUUCUGAGUUGGGUGGAUUCACAUCAUCCUGGCUGUGCACAGCCAUCUGGCACCAGUUCUCUACCCCUCAAACAACCCCCCCACACCUCUCACUUUGGCCAGUCGGACCCCUUCUCCUUCUGAAGAGACCAGAACGAUCGGUUUUUGCUUUCGGUUCCGGCUCCACCGGAACCGCACGGGACACGGAACCGGUCGGAGCAGGAGGAUGCCCUGCUGGAUGGCCUUUGCAAGUGUUAUGAUUUGGGGCUUUGUCGUGGCGUGGGGGCUGUCCAACUUCGGGCCCCAGAACCUGCGCCGUGCUGCGGCCAUCCUGGAUGCGCGCUCGGUACCUUUAGUCCUCAACCAGGUGCAGUACUCGCUGCUGUCGCCCGAGCGGGAGUCUGGAGUGGCGGAGGUCUGCCAAGAGCUGGGAGUGCCGCUUGUGGCCUACAGCCCUUUGUGUUUGGGUUUGCUGGCGGGGCGGUACCAGGCGGAUGGACGGAAACCAGAGAGCUUUCUGCGGUCCUUCCUCUUCUCCUCCUUGCUCUCCAAUGCAGAGACUCAGAAGCUCUUGUCCCUGCUGAAGGAGAUUGGUGAUUGCAGAAGCAAGACCAUGGCACAGGUCGCCCUGAACUUUGCCUUGACCGAGGGUCAAGGCUGCGCCAUCGUUGGGGCACGAAACAAGCAACAGGUCCUGGAGAACCUGGGUGCCUGUGGCUGGAGUCUGAAUGACAACGAAGUGUCGGCCCUCCAAGCGGCGGCAAGACGAGCACCAAAGACCCAGAAGCAGCUGCUGCCAGCACCCCCAGAAGCACCCGGACGUGACCGAGAAGGGGACGUGGAGGCUGACCGCCGACGCGGAGAUGCACGAAAAGGUGGGGUCGAGCUGCGCUGCGCGGGGGAGGCAUUUCGCCAGAGACUCUUUGAGUUGAAGCUGGCUGCCCAGGAGAUCUUCGGAGUCAAAUUCUUGCGCUUGGUGGCUGAUGGGCGUCUUCUGGAUCUGAGGCACACGGUCCAGGAAGCCCAACUCUGUGAUGAUUUUGUCGACAAGCCAAAGCACAUAGCUGCCGACUUGGCCCUGCGAUCUCCUCAGAUUCAGGCCAGUAGUUUGACAGGAGGUCAGUGGUCCCAACAGCUUGCAGGAAAGCAUUCUUUGAUUGUAGGAUUUUUGAAGCUCCCGCGCAAGGAGGCUGAAAUCCUGUUGAAAGACAAUGGUUCCAAAGGAGUUUUCACAAACAUCCUUGAAACCGCACCAGCACGAAAGCCUAUCACUUGGUUUUCGAGAGCUAAAGAAGAAAGCUCUGAGGCCUAUUUUCAUAGGUGUGUGCAAACAGCCAAGAAACGUAACACAGCUCUGUUUUACAAGAAAAGUGGCUCCAACAACUUGGGCACCGUCCCAACCAAAGAAGAGGAGGCAGAAGUUCACAGAACUACCUUCCUUGGUCGUGGCAUGCCGAGCACUUGGGAGGGGGAGGAGCUUAUUUCUUUUCUUGAACAACAAGGUUGGAAAGAAAUUGAGACCAUUACCAAAAGGUUCCAUAGCAAGAAGCCUGAGUGGCGGUUCCUUGCCAAGGCCCCGCAAGCCGACUUGAAUUGCUACAAUUACGAUAUCGAAGAAGAUAUGACAAUCACCUUUGUCAAAGCACCCACAAAGCCAGCCAAGGCUGUGUGGGAAAAGUCAUUACGAGGCGUUCCUCGCAAUUGGCACCAAGGCAAUUCCACUGAUUCGUCUUCCGUUCGAGGACCUCAGCUGCCUGCGACCGCCGGAAAGGCUCGGACAGUGAUCAAUGAAGGGACUGAGCCCAGCGAACGAGAACGUAGCCCUCGACGAUUCCAAGGAAGUACUUCCAAUGAACCCAAGAUCGAUGGCAACCAUCGAUGCCCAACCAACCCGGACGAAGCAUGCAAACAGGGUUGGUCCCUUGCCGAUUAUGGAGGCAAUGGUGAUUGCUGUUUCCGAGCAGUGGCCGGCGCCCAAGCCUGGGCACAGCAGUCCGGAAACAUGUCCAAAGACGCUGCGCGCUUGGCCGGAGCUCAACUGCGUAUGCUGGCCAUGAAGCACGCUCGCAAGCACCAAGACCGACUUCGAGCAUUUUGGGCUUUGGACACAGAAGAAACCACUUCUGAACGCGGCGGCCGUAAGGCCCCUGAAACUCUCCAAGACUGGAUUGAAAACAUGGAAAAGCAACAAACUUACGUUGAUGGUUUGGCCCUCCAAUGUUUGUCCGAAAAGACCGGUUUGUGCCUUAUCAUUUUUCGAAAAGACAGCGAUGGAUGGGUCCCAACGCCCUGGCUGUUUGAAACGCAAAACAAGCAAGCUGACUUCAGCGGAGCGGGAGAGGUUUCCUCCGAACCCUCCACUCCGUCUGCUCACACUUUGUGUGCCGAUGAGCCUGACACACCCUCAGUGCAUACCAUCCGUCAGGACCCUGCAGGUCCACUGCGGAUGCACGUUGUCGGAACGACCGAAAACAGUUUCUCUUCGUUCUCUCCAAAGACAGGUUCUGAAAAGAGUCCAGCAACCCGUGAUGCGCUCCGCGACCGCGCGCCAAGCUUUCGUACCCAGCUCACUAACCGCAGUCGGGCCGCAACGAUUCGAUCUACUGCUGCUCCGGCUGCUGACGUGAAUGACUCUGGUGAGCCACAGUUAGCUAAAGCUCAUAAUGUUCCUGAUCAGUACACAUGGACUUGCAAUUUGUGUUGCCAAGUGUUGCGAAAUCGACUCAAGCGAUCCCUGGCCUGUUCCAGGCGGCGUCACAUUGCAAAAUCUCAUCCUGGAAAGGCCCGACUGGUCCGACCAGCUUUCAAACAGCACGCUCAGCUGGCCUCAGCCAGCUCAGCGAUCCCCGUUUCACAGCGUGCGUGGGAAUGUCCCAAGUGCCACCAGGGCUUGCCCUGGAUGCCAAAAACAGCUUUGCGAGCAAGCCAGCUGGCCCAUGAAAAAGCUUGCUACAAUCUGUCUGCCAGACAAAUGCGGAAACGCUGCUAUAAGCGUGCGUCUUGGCAAGCCAAGCAUCAGAAGCUCCAAGAGCAAAACGCAGCCGCAAAGCGUGGCAAGACAGAUGAGGCCAUUCGCAUUUACAACCAAACUGGCCCCGGGUUUUGUUUUCGAAUUCCCGCUGCACGCUUCGGUCAUAAGCAGGAUCACUUCAGCUGCGCUCGUUGUACCUUAGUUGCCCAGAAGUGGAAAGACAUCCGCCUUCACCGCUGUACAGGUCCCGAGAGCCGUCAGAAGGUCAUGCAGAGUCCUUCGCGCCGGGGGUUUUGGAAGCGCAAGCGCCAACUCAAUCCUGAUGUUGUUUCAUUUUUGAUAGAAAAUUGGCAAAUGACUGAACCUGAGUUGAUGUCUCUUGAGAAAACGUUGGACGCCAAGAAAGCCAAAAAGGGUUUUUGUCCUCCACCCAAUAGUGUUUCCCUCCGUCGCUUGUGCGCGCCGGCUUCCGAGUGGAUUAAAGACCUUACAGCCGAUGGGGACGUACAUCCCCAGCCAGGGCCACAAGCCACUCGCGGUCCUCAAAGCAUGUCUAUUGCCAUGAUUAAUGCUGAUGGAGCAAACAAUGCAUGGGCUGUGUGCCGAUGGGCUGUUGUUCACCGGCCGUCCGUAGUCAUCAUGCAAGAGAUUUGUAUGCCGCCUGACAAGCAAAGUGACAUUGCCCAGUUUCUGUCCAGGCACGGCUAUAGAAGCUGGUUCGCUGUUCCCCAACCGGUCCUUUCUCGUAGUGGUUGCGCACAAACCUUUGGGGGGGUCGCUAUCCUCGUCCGCCACGACAAGCCUGCCCACUUGGUGCAAACCCACAUUCGACCAGAUGGGCAAGCCCUGAUGUUGCAACUUGCUCAUGCCUUGGUGGUUGGUGUCUACUUAGCUCCCAGGUCCAUGAACAGUGAUAUCCUGCCCACUCUAGACGAGUGGGCUGCUGCUGCAAAAGCUCGCUGCCCUAUUUGUUAUUUCGGUGAUUUUAACCAGUUGCCGUCUUUUGGACAGCGAUGGAGUGACCUGCACGGCUUUGGCGCAGUGAGAGCAGUACAUAACUCGGAGGGUCAAGAAUGCCCCACGCGAUGGGACGGUCAGAGAUGCAUUGACUGGAUCUGGACCUCGCAUCCCCUGAUGCUUCACAACCUAGGUUUUGAAGCUACAAAGUUCUCUGAUCACAAAAUGAUCCAAUGUUCUUUGAGCUACCAACAGGAAACUGUCCAGUCCUUCAAAGUUAUCCAAACCCGUAAACUUGCACCAUCCCCUGAGGUGACCAGAGAGAUGUGGCAAACUGCACUCAAAGAAGUCUGGGCUUCAGCUUCAGUGCCCCCCAGCACGAGCACUGACGAGGAAUGGGAGGCUUUCUGCACUUUAGCUGAAAAUGCACAAGUGAACGCAAUGCUUGCGUGUGGAUGUAAAAUUCCCAAGCCCAAACACAAGCGACCUAAGGGCACAGACAUCCAGGUGCAACCUGCUGAGUCAAAAUCCUUUCGGUGGACACAAGAAGCCAGUUUUCGAGAGCUUCGCCUCCGCAAGCUGCUUGGCCGCGCCACUGAAGCGCUGUCGCAAGUUCAAAAAGGCAAAUCAGUCCCUCACCGCCUCCAGCAGCGCAUCUGGACGCAUGUGUGGGUUUGCAAGAAUAAGUUUCAGACUUUACAACAAAUCCAAACUUGGUGCCAGAGUGAGCUUCAAAUUUGCUUAAAAGAGGCACAGCAACAGCGGCUGACUCACUGGAGAGAUAAUAUGCGUUCCACGGUCAAAAAUGCAAGCAAGUGGAUUAAAAAGACCAAUUGUUUGCCUGUCACCUCAGUUUUCGAUCCUGGCUUUCGCAACGGGGCUGCAACAGCCACGAGCCAGGAGUCCUUGGAAGCCGUUUUGGCAUUUUGGCAAACUGUUUGGAACAGGGACAGGCCUGAUCCUGAAGAAGCCUUUGAGUUUUGGCACGAAGGCAUGCCUCCGUCUCAGUCAUUUGCUUGGACGCCCAUCGCCGCUGAGGAACUCCUCACCCAAGCCAAAAGACAAGAUGGCAGUGCCGCUGGCGUUGAUGGCUGGAGCGGCAGUGAAAUUUCCAGCUGGCCACUCGAAGCUUGGAACAUUUUUGCCGUUUUGUUGUCUCGGUGGUUUGCCCGCCAAGAAAUGCCUCGUUGCUUUAGUAAGGUGCGACAAUGUUUGCUCCAAAAACCAAAUGCAAAACUUCGAUCCACAGAUGGCGCCAUCGGUGCAAAAGACUUGAGACCGAUUUCAGUGCAGUCCUGCUUGUGGCGAGUGGUCGCCUCGGCAUGGACUCGACGUCCAGAAACCCGUGCAUGGGUCAAAUCCUGGGCCCAUAGGACGGCGUGUGGAGGCUUGGAAGGCAGAGGUGUGGCCGAGGCUAUCGACACUUUGCUGCGAGAGUUCGAAAAGCCAAACGGCGGAGUGCUGGUAAGCCUUGAUUAUGCUAAGUGCUUCGACACCAUUAACCCUGCAUUUGCUUUGCGGUGUCUCGAACACGUUGGCUGUCCAAAGGAAAUUUUGGCCGCCUUGCAAAUGGUCUGGAAGCAAGAACGGUGGCUUUGUUUUCAGGGCGACAUUUUGCCCAAAUCAGUCGACGUCUCCACGUCCAUUCCCCAGGGAGACGCCCUUUCCCCUCUGACUUUGCUGGCCGUGAUGGCUGGAUUGACUGGUCGAGUGCUGCAAAAAGAGGGAAACCACACACUGGUGACAUUUCUAGACGAUCGGAACUUCGUGACCAAAACCCCUGAGCGAGCCGCUCAGCUGUGGGAGACUUGGAAAGACAUGUCAGCCAAAGUCGGUCUGCAAGAAAAUAAUUCUAAGGUUCAAGUAGUUCCUCGCAAGGCUGCCUUCCGGACUCGCCUUGAGCAGGCGGGGUUUCCCACCAAUAGCGUCGUACCCUCUGCGCGAGUGCUCGGAGUGGACUUCACUGCCCGCCUUGGGGCAGUCCAUCGACCUACCCAAGACCAACGUGUCAGUGAUGCUGCUCAGAGGAUCGCCCGCAUCGAUCUGUUGCCUUUACCUUAUGAGCGUAAAGCCUUCCUAAUCAAGUGUGUUGCAAUCCCCAAGGCUAUCUGGGGGGCAUGGAACUCCACAGUUCCUUGUAAAAAGCUCUCCCUCCGCCUUAAGAAAGCUGCCGGUGGAGGCCAUGUUGCGGCUGCAAACAAUCUUUUUUCCAUGUUGACUGGACACGGACUCAGCACCGAAUUUUGCGCGGGUUUUCAUGCCUUUUUGCAUUUAGCUAAACAAGUCAGGAAAUCCCCGAGGCCUUGGCCUCGCAAAGCCAGCAGAGGAACCUGGUUGGGCACCGUGAGACGGUGGCUUUCUUCGCUUGGAUGGCACGAGCAAGGAGCAUGGAAAUGGUUCCAUCCUUCUGUUAAUCACACGAUUGAUUUUGAUGCACAGGUCCAAACCAACGAUAAGCUCGAGCAUCACCAGCUCCGAGAAAGCUGGAGACGCAGACAGUUUCGUUUGUUUCUUGCCACUCCCAGGCGAGAUGCUCAAAUGCUUCAAGAAGCUCAAUACAAUGAAGCUCGGGUCACCCUUGCUCGUAAGACGUUCCAAGGGUCCAACACUCACGCCAGAGCGUGCAUGAUGGGCGCGGUCGUGUCCGACGCUCGUUUCGCUCGCAUUUCGAACCCACAGGCACCUGUGCUUCCUUGCCAAUGGUGUUCUUCGGAAGCCGCGCCCACGUGGCGCCACAUGUGUUGGGAAUGUGAAGGUUUCUCAAAUACCAGAACCUUCGAGCCCAGUGAUCUCUUUCAGCAAAUUCUGGGAUGGCCCAUGGGCAUAAACCACGAAUACGAUGCCGCUGUGCUAGCACAUUUGGCCGAUGUGCGCAGACGUCUGCUUGACCGGCGCUAUCGCGCCAUCUAGCGCAUACCUGUGGCGUCGCUAAGGUGGAUGGGUCUACUUGGCCGUCUACCUUGUCAAACCAAG